GUUCCGUGUUAUGGUGAUGCUUUAGCAGCAUCCGGGUUGCGAGGGGCAACAGGCUGGUGGGAUUUUGCAGGUGCCAUACAGAAAACAUCAGGCCAGCAUCCCACUGCCCAUGGUCCCUGGCUGGCAUCUUCUGAUAAAUACUGAACAUGAUGGUGAACUUAGGAAUCCACCGGCCAGCCCUGGCCUAUUCUAUGACCACAUUAGGUGCUGGAAUGAUGAACAAUAUAUUUAAUUUCUAUUACGUCAAGCUGUUUCUCAACCAGUACAAGAUAUCCGAAGCGGCUUUUAACCAAGCACAGGUCGUGUUUAUGAUCUGGAAUGCCGUAAAUGACCCUUUGUUUGGAUACAUCCAAGACAACUCCAAAGUGCCAUGGUGUUCUAAACGUCGACAAUCUAUUUUGUAUGGUGCUCCAUUCUAUGCUCUUGCCUUCCUGCUUCCCUGGUUUCCUUGGACAAACUACAAAGAAGGUGAUUGGCUAAGUGGCAUACAUCUUAUGAUUGCACUGUGCGUGUUUGAUGGCAUGUUGACUUUUGUUCUGCUAGCCCAGUGUGCAUUGUUUGCAGAGAUUUCAACCAGGCACGAAAGUCGUCUUCAGCUCAUUAAAUAUAACCAGGUGGCAUCACUGCUGGGCUCCUCAAGUAUCCUCUUUUGUGGACUGGUAUCUGAUAACAUGGAAAAGUUCUCGAACUUUCAGACAUUUACAGUGUUGGUGGCUGCAUUGUCAACAGCAUGCAUGUGUUACACAGGUAUUUUUGGCAUCAGCCAGUACGAGCAAAAGGAGAGCUCUUUGGAGAGGUAUAAAUCAGAUGCUUCUCUCUCUUGGUCCUCUGUCUUCACACUCACCAAACAAAUCUUAACUCAAAAGAACUUUAUCAUAUUUGUGUCUAUGAACUUCUUUCAAGUUUUGCAUGCUACGUUCUGCAGUAACUUCAUGAUGAUUUUCGCUGAUAACCUCAUUCCAAAGGAUACGCUCCCUUCCUUCGUAAGAAGCAUCAUGUAUGGAGCUGGCUUCAUGUUUCCUCAGUUACUUGUGCUAAUAAGUCAUUCGAUGUUGACGAAGAUUGGCUAUUAUAAAGUGAUAUUGUAUGCAUUCUACGUAGAGGUGUUUGCAUCAGUCUUUAUGCUAAUAAUGGGACCUCAACGUUACUAUGUCCUGGCUAUAUUUCUCACCACUAACAUGGUACUUGUGCAUGCCUCAUUUAGCAUAUUUAAUCUUCCGAUUGCUGAUAUUGUGGAUGCUGACAUGGAAAAAUACAAACGCAAAUCUCCUAUUUCCUCAAUGGUUUUUGGGACAAAUGCCCUCUUCACCAAGCCUGCUCAGUCCCUGGCGCCAAUGUUGGUAGUUGCCAUACUCAACAAGUAUGGUUAUGAGCAUUUAACCAGCAAGAUUGAUCAACCAGAUCCUAGUUUGUUUUUAGAUCUUCACGGUGCUAUGUUCUACAUGACCUGCCUUGUUCCUCUCUGCAUUGCUAUAGCACAGAUCAUUAUAUGGACUCCGUACUCUAUCCGGAGCAGCCACAUAACCUCCGUUUAGUAAAUGCCUAAAGUUACAAUCUUUUUAUAUUUAAUGAUUAUUUUGUUACAGACAAUAUCUAGGGAAUAUAAUUGGUGCCUUAUAUAGAGUAUAUGGUUUAAUGUAUGCCUGGUUUGCUUCUUUAUGUUUUUCAGUUUUCAACCUUCUUAAAGAGAGGUUUCUUGGUUGCACUAAGAUUUUAAAUCAAACUACGUUUGAUACAUGGACAUUAUUUUAUCAUGCACAUAAAGAACAGCCAUUAAGCUAAUAGUUGGAUAUUAUUUAUGUGUGGGG